AUGAAGGGCAGACAUCUGCGGCGGCGGUUCAGCCUACAGCCAUCGUUCAUGAAGGACGACACGGCCGAGGAGCGACCGAAGCGAGAAAAGCCACUCAAGAACGACGAAAACUCGAUUAGUUCCAACGUGCGGCAUAAAAUCGUCAUGAUGGGUGCGGCCAAGGUAGGCAAAAGCUCUCUCAUCACACAGUUCCUGUACAGCAGCUUUUCGCCCAAGUACAAACGAACGGUAGAGGAGAUGCAUCAUGGCCACUUCUCGGUGGGGGGUGUAAAUCUGACACUGGACAUCCUCGACACUUCCGGAGCAUACGAGUUCCCGGCGAUGCGAGCACUCUCCAUCUCAUCAGCAGACGCAUUCAUCCUGGUGUACGACGUCACCGACAGUAUCACGUUUGAGGAAGUGAAAGCGAUACGUGAGCAGAUUCACGAGAUCAAAUCGACCACGGCGGUACCGAUUGUGGUCGUCGGCAAUAAGACCGAUCUGAGCGAGGAGGACGAAGAUCUGCGGCAGGUAGCACGUGACACAACCGAAUCGAUGGUGACAGUAGACUGGGAAAAUGGAUUUGUAGAGGCAUCGGCUAAACUUAACAGAAACGUGACCCAGAUUUUUAAGGAGUUGCUGGUGCAAGCGAAAAUAACGUACAAUCUUAGCCCCGCUCUACGGCGUCGUAGACGGCAAUCUCUUCCCCAGCAGGCCAGCACUGGUAGCUCUGGAGGUGCUCCAUCGACGCCUCAAGCCACUCCAAGCGUUCACGUUCCUUCUGUCGCUCAGCUGCAGCAUUUACAGCAAAUUCAAGAUAAAAGUUUGGGAGGAAAGCGUAACUCAUGUAUCCUUUCUUAA